AUGCUGCCUCGCGCUCGCUUUUCGCAGCCUCGAAAUACGUGUCAGGCGCUGCUUGGAAGAUGGGGAAGCGACAGAGUAUGGUGGACAGAGAACGUCGUGAUCCAGGCAUCUAUAUCUUCUGUUGUGCAUAUAUGGCUCCUAUCGGUUCGCGCAGCGUCCAAACACGCGAUAUCGCCUGCUGAAACUGCCAUAAUAUGGCCGUACUGCCCAAUUGAAAUGCUUGUACUGCCUCAAUAUACUGUUGCUCCGUAUGAGCGCAUACACUGGCGUUAUGACCUCCUAUUGCCCGAUGUUCAUUUAAUCGCAUCAUUCGGCAAGCCGCUAGAAGUGACCGCUUCUCUCACCAAAACCACUUCCUAUACUUCGCAGAAAUACCCUGCAUGCCCGCUAGCAUCAGACCGCACAGAUCGCGCAGACUUCCGUGUUUUGAGCUCCAUAAGCGGCGUCGCACAGAAGUCGGCGGACCGUGUAGCUAAACAUAUAAUGAGCACAAGAGUGAUCAUUGAGGUGGAAGAGAUUCUGCGAUACGGACCACGAGUCGGUUAUGCGGCCGGAGAGGCAGACGAUGGAUGA